GUGUCGGCAACGGGCAUCGGCAAAGUAAUAAUCUAUUGUGCAUCUUAUUGGAAUGAAAAUACUAUUAUAAUUUUAGUUUUAUUGUAAAUUUAGCAAUUGAAAUGCCGUUAACAGCAAGACAACGAAGUAUACAUAGCAAAAAUGGAGCCAAACGAUCGGCUAGUAUGAGUAAAGGCAAACGAACGAGGAAAUCAAGCGAAGGAGAGUACCUAGUGUCAAGCGCUCCAACAGAUUUACGUAGCAUAUCAUAUCCCGGCGGAGCCGUAGCGUUAGCGCUGUUGCUAACGGCUAGAAUCAUAUCUGCAUAUUGGGGACAUAUAGCAGAUUGUGAUGAAACAUAUAAUUACUGGGAGCCAUUGCAUUAUUUAGUAUAUGGCAGUGGCUUACAAACAUGGGAGUACAGUCCUAUGUAUGCCAUACGGUCGUACAUGCCGUUGUGGCUAUUUGCAGUGCCUGCAAAGGUGCUGGCCCUCUUCAUGGCACCCGUCACUGUGUUCUAUACAAUUAGAGUCAUGCUUGCUGCUUUGACGGCUUGGGCUGAGCUUUUGUUUUAUAAAGCAGUCUGCCAUGAAUUUGGUGUUCACGUGGGUAGGGUGUGGCUGUGUUUCACUCUUCCUGCUGCUGGUAAUUUCGCAUCCUCUGCGGCCAUGCUGCCAUCGGCCUGGAGUUCCGCUCUCGUUUCCGCCGCGUUGGCCAGCUGGUGGCGGAGGCGGUAUGCGGCAGCUGUCGUGUUGACUGCAGUAACAACAUUGUUGAGUUGGCCGUUCACUGCACUCCUCGGUCUUCCAAUAGCGAUAGACAUGCUGUUAUUUAAGAAACUAUACAAACAGUUCUUCAAGUGGUCUAUCAUUUCUUUGCUCGUCAUCCUGUUACCAACAAUAGCGGUGGACUCCUGGCAUUACGGCCGGCUGGUGGUCGCGCCGUGGAACAUAGUGGCAUAUAACAUAUUUACUGAGCAUGGACCUGAUUUGUAUGGUGUGGAGCCGUGGACGUAUUAUUUUGUGAAUGGAUUCCUUAAUUUUAAUAUAGUUUGGGUGCUGUCGCUGUGCUGCCCGCUGCUGCUGGGCGCGUGCCGCGUGGCGGUGCGCUCGGCGGGCCGCGCGUCCUUCUGCGCGCCCUACUGGCUCAGCCUCAUGCCGCUCGCGCUGUGGCUCGCCGUGUUCAUGGCGCAGCCGCACAAGGAGGAGAGGUUCCUGUACCCGGCGUACAGCGCGGCGGUGCUGGCGGGCGCGAUCUCGCUGGACUGCGUGCAGAAGCUCGCGUUCGCGGUGAGCGCGGAGCUGCUGCGCGCGCGCCGCCGCCACUACCUCGCGCACACGGCCGCGCUCGCCGCCGCCGCCGCGCUGCUGGCCGGGACCGCUGGUAUAUCACGCAUAGCAGCACUUUAUCAACACUACCACGGCCCCAUGUCGCUACUGCGCCAUCUGCCGCCGACCGACUCGCAGACGUUCGUCUGUUUCGGCAAAGAGUGGUACCGGUCGCCAUCGAGCUUCCAUCUGCCGCCAAAUUACCACAUACGGUUUGUGCCGAGUGAGUUUAAUGGACAACUGCCAGCACCGUAUAGUGACGCUUCGAAUGCCACCCGCCUAAUUCAUCCAUACUUCAAUGAUCAAAACAUUGGGAAUAGUUCAACCUACUUCCACCCAUCCAAAUGUAACUACCUCGUCGACUCGGACAUCGGAAAACCCACAGAGUUACAACCAUUUUAUCAUAAAGACACGAAAAAUUGGGAAAUUUCCUCUUCCGUACCUAUAUUGGACGCGUCUAAAUCUAAUAAGAUCUUCAGAGCCUUUUAUAUACCCGCCGUCUCGUAUAAGCAUUUGGUUUACGCGAAUUUGUAUUUAUUGAAAAAUAUAAGCAUUUAAUAUUUAAUACUGAGGUAGUAUUGAUGUUUGAUUGAAUUGUUGUUUAAGGUACAAAUGUGUUAUAUUCAAAAACAUAAUGCAAUGUUUUUUUUUAAAGAUCAGUUUAGCUGCUCUAAAUAAGUCGGUUAAAAAAAAAUUAAGCUAUUGAAAGCAUUAAAAUAAUCACUUAUGUUAAAUCUGCUACUGAAACCACAGAUAAUAUAACGCCAUAUGCAAACAAGGUGAUGUGCAGUGAUUGUACAGUAUAUAUUAAUUGACUGAAAUACAGUAAAUCUAGUCAUAAUAAUAUAAUAGGGUAAGGGCGAGUUGAAAUGUAGUAGAAAGUUUGGUUGUGUUGUAUAUUAACAUAGGUAUAAUAAUUGAAUUAAAAAUUGAGCUUAAUUUAAGGCAAUAUAACUAUCUAGAACUUAAUAGCUGAUCCGCCAAAUAUAGUUCUGCUAGGACACCUGUAUUUUUUAUAUAAUUCCAUAUUCUCUAAUACAUAGGGGUAUAAAAAUAGUAUCCCACAUAGUCUUGAAUAUAUUUUGAACUGAUAGUUUUUUGUUGUAUAUUCUAUCAAGGAAGGCUAUAUAAAAUCAAGUUAAGAGCAAUAGAAGAAAGUAUCAAUACAAAAGGUGUAGAAUUAAGAAAAAUAUUCCUUUAGGAAAGAGCAGAAGAAAUUGCGCGGGCCAGCUAAUCAUAGAGUUAAUUUCUGUUGUAGAAACUAAAAAAAAA